AUGCGUUUCCUGAAUACUGCUGGUAUUUUGUUGGUACUGACUUGUGGCUUAGUUGCCAGCCACUAUAUUCCUCAUGAUGAUCAUGAUGGUCAUGGUAGCUACGGUGGUCAUGGCAAGGAAGUUGGCUACUCAGUAGUUACUGAACAUGGUCAUGGUGGUGGCCAUGAUGGAGGUCAUGAUGGAGGUCAUGCUGGUCAACAUGAUGGAGGUUAUGAUGGCGGUCAUCACAGUGUUCAUGACUGGUCUCAUGGUGGAGAUGAGGCUCAUGGUCAUUAUGCUGCUUACAUUGAUGGUCAUGACGAUGGUCAUUAUGAUCAUCAUGAGGAUGAUGGUCACUAUGGAGGUCAUGCUGAUGAAGGCCAUGAUCAUCAUGCUUAUCCCAAAUACGAAUUUAAUUAUGGCGUUAAGGAUACAAAAACUGGUGAUAUUAAAAGUCAUUCUGAAUCCCGGGAUGGUGGUCAUGUUAAGGGCAGCUACAGCCUUAAAGAAGCCGAUGGCACUACCCGUGUUGUAGAAUACACGGCCGAUAAACACAAAGGAUUCAAUGCUGUUGUUCAUACUUUGGGUCAUGCUGCUCAUGAUGGUCAUGAUGCUCACAACUAUGGCCAUGGUGAUCAUUAUGGAAUUGGUCACGGUCAUGCUUCUAGUUAUACUAUUGUUAAGAAGCAGGAAGAAAAAAAGUAUUAAUGAUUGUUAAAGAUUGAAAAUAAUCUAUAAAUACAUAAAUUAUUGUUAUUUAAAAUUUGUUAUAAAUAUUGUUCUUUAAUGCAAGUACAAUUGUGUUUAAUAAUUCAAUAAGAAAUAAAUUGAUUUAUUAAGGAUACGAAGAA